AUGCGUACGAAAUUGGAUAAUCGAAUUCGUAUAUUAAUUGAAAACGGUGUUAUUAGUGGGCAUCGCUCAAUGUUCGUCAUUAUCGGAGAAAAAGGCAAAGAUCAGGUGGUAUUAUUGCAUCAUAUUUUAUCGAAAUCAACGAUAACAAGUCGGCCAACUGUUUUAUGGUGUUAUAAAAAGGAGCUUGGAUUUUCAUCACAUCGUAAAAAACGAAUGAAGGAGUUGAAAAAAAAAAUGAAAAAUGGUCCGAUGGAUAAAUCUGAUGACCCAUUUGAUAUUUUUGUGUCCUCAACCAUUAUCAAAUAUUGCUAUUAUUCAGAAACACAUAAAAUAUUGGGCAAUACUUUUGGAAUGUUGAUUUUACAGGAUUUUGAAGCCAUUACUCCUAACCUUUUAGCCCAAACUGUGGAAACUGUUGAGGGUGGUGGUAUUAUAGUUUUAUUGAUGAAGAGUGUGAAUUCUCUCAGACAAUUAUAUACAAUGACUAUGGAUGUUCAUAGCCGUUUUCGCACUAAAGCACAUACAAAUAUCGUUCCUCGUUUUAAUGAACGUUUUAUUUUAUCGUUUGCAAGUUGUAAAUAUUGUGCUGUUGUUGACGAUCAACUUAAUGUUCUUCCUCUUUCUUCACACAUUCUAAAAUUGGAGCCCAUAAGUAUCAGUAAAAAAAAUCAGUUAAAUCCAAAUGAAGAAGAACUUAUUGCAUUAAAAAGUUCCCUUGCUGAUACAAAGCCGAUCGGACCUCUAUUAAAUAAAUGUAAAACCAAUUGUCAAGCGAAAGCCUUAUUGCGUCUUCUAGAUGUAAUAACAGAAAAAAAUUUGCAAGUUACUUGUUCGGUAACUGCCGCCCGUGGUCGUGGCAAGUCGGCAGCAUUAGGAUUAGCAAUAGCUGGUGCUAUUGGUUUCGGCUAUACCAAUAUCUUCGUCACAAGUCCUUCACCAGAUAAUCUCAAAACGCUGUUUGAAUUCAUUGUCAAAGGAUUUGAAGCGAUGGGAUUAGAAGAACAUUUGGAUUUCGAACUAAUUCAGUCAGUCAAUUCAGAAUUCAAUAAAGCCCUCGUCCGAAUAAAUGUUUUUAAAAAACACCGUCAAGUAGUUCAGUACAUAGACCCUCGGGAUUGGGCUAAAACAACCCAAGCAGAGUUAAUUGUAAUUGAUGAAGCAGCUGCGAUCCCUUUGCCAAUCGUGAAAAAUCUUAUUUCAGGACCUUUUCUUGUUUUCCUAGCUUCAACGAUAAAUGGUUAUGAAGGUACUGGGCGUUCUCUUUCUCUGAAAUUGCUACAGCAAUUGCGUGAACAAAGUUCGGGUUCAAAAAAAGAUGAAAAGGGUCAGCAUUUAAGUGGUUUCAAAGGCCGGACAUUGCAUGAGAUCGUACUUGAGGAAAGCAUUCGUUAUAAACCGGGCGAUCAGGUCGAGGCUUGGCUUAAUCGAGUUUUGUGUUUGGAUGCUACACUCAAAGUUGUCUCUGGCUUGCCUUCUCCAGAAGAUUGUGAAUUGUUAUAUGUGAAUCGUGACACAUUGUUCUCUUUUCACAAGGCCUCUGAAACAUUCUUGCACAAUCUUAUGUCAAUCUAUGUUUCAGCUCAUUAUAAGAAUUCACCAAAUGAUCUUCAAAUGCUCUCUGAUGCUCCUGCCCAUCAUCUUUUUGUAUUAAUCGGGCCAGUUAAUGAGAAGCAAAUCCAUUUACCAGAUGUAUUAGCGGUAAUCCAGUUAUGUUUGGAAGGUGGUCUUUCUAGAGAAAUAGUAUCAAGUAGCAUAGAAAAAGGGAAACGGGGUGCCGGUGAUCUACUGCCUUGGACAGUUUCUAACCAGUUCCUCGACUCUGGAUUUCCUAUGCUCGUUGGUGCCCGCAUUGUUCGUAUCGCUGUUCAUCCAGAUUUUCAGUCAAUGGGUUAUGGAACACGUGCGUUGCAGCUUCUUCACCAGUAUUAUGAGGGGUCAAUACUAGAUUUAGAUGAGAGUGAAGAACCAGCGGCAAAAAAAUCUAAAUGCUCAGUUAAAAAUGUUGAUAAUCCUGAAGCUUUGGUCCUUCUGGAAGAAAUUGUUGAACCUCGUACUGAUCUUCCACCAUUGCUGAUUCGCUUAAACGAAAGGCGGGCCGAACAAAUAGAUUAUAUUGGCGUUUCAUUUGGAUUGACAUUGGAUCUUCUGAAAUUCUGGAAACGCUCAUCAUUUGUUCCCAUCUAUAUACGACAAAGUGUUAACAGUAUAACUGGUGAAUAUACAUGUAUAAUGCUGAAGAAACUAUGUGAAGAUAUCGAAGCCAAUGAAGACUCGAAGUGGCUUGCUGCUUAUUGGUCUGAAUUUCGACAACGCAUUCUAAAUCUUAUGAGUUAUGAAUUCUCCAGAUUCCCAGUGCAGUUAGCUAUUAGUAUACUGCAGUUAAAAAAUGCUUCCGUUGCAAAAAAUUUGUCGAGAAAUGUAUUAACUCGUGAACAAUUGUCAUUAUUUCUCAAGAAUAGUGAUUUACAUCGUCUAUCACAAUACGCCCGAAACAUGAUUGAUUAUCACCUAAUAAUGGAUCUUUUGCCUACUUUGGCCUUCCUUUAUUUUGAUGAACGCUUGGAUGCUGAGGUAAAGUUGAGUGGAAUCCAAUCUGUUAUUCUUCUUGGUAUUGGCAUUCAGCGCAAAUCAGUCGAUGUUCUCGUUUCUGAAUUAGGUUUGCAAGAAAAUCAGUUGCUGGCAUUGUUUAACAAAGCCAUAAAAAAACUGUCUGAGCAUCUUGAUAGUAUAUGUAUUAGUGCUAUAGAAAAUUCUAUCGAAAAGAAAGAAACCUCAGUCACAGAUAUGCAGCCUAUGCCAAUAUCUCUUGAGGAAGAUCUAAGGGAAGCAGCUCUAGAAAUUAAAUCACGCCAAGAGAAAGAUCGAGAAAAACUGAAAGCUGAGCUGAAUGAUUUAAAACAGUUUGCUAUAAAAGGCAGUGAAGAUGAUUGGACCGUGGCAUUACAAGAUAUAAAUUUGCAGACAGUAAAGAAAUCUAGUUAUAUAGUCUCCGUCAAAUCUCAAUUUGAAUCGAAAGGUGUCGAUUUGUCAUUACUUAAUGAAAAAAAACCACUACCGAAUCGAAAGAGGAAAAAUUUGAAAGGUCGUUGUUAA